AUUAAGCCGAAAGAAUAUACGUCUUUUCUGGCCGCCUAUUAGCCAGACUCGCAAAACGACAAUCUCCUUCAUCGCUGAGAAAUUAACAUGACUCAAGUGGCUCAGUGCGAUACGCUUUGUUCAAUUCGAACAAUCGACUACUACCUCCUAAGCUCUGAUUGAUUCACCUCGUUUUCCUUACUGCUCAGGAAAGUGAAGAAUGGCGGCGAGUUUCUCUUCUACGGUCUUUGCAGCCUCAAUUUCGUCUUCUUCAGCUGCCAAAGCAAGGACUUUGAAGAAUUUAGCUCCCGGAUACUCGCCGGCCAAUUUUCUUCACUCUAAUCCCCUAUCAACCCGUUCGUCGGUUCCUAGGUUUGUGGGGGUUAGAGCAAGUCUUCUACAAGAUAAUGAGGAUAAAGUAAGGGUAGAAGAGUCAGUCCCGUCCAAGAUUUCUUCCACUGAUGCCAAUCAAGGAAGUAGUGGGGAGUCAAGUUCGAGUUCGCCCUCUAAUACAUUGGCGAAAUGGGUUAUCAAACUUGAACAAUCUACUAACAUAUUUCUCACGGAUUCUGUAAUAAAGAUACUUGAUGCUUUCUAUCACGAUAGACACUAUGCAAGAUUUUUUGUGCUUGAAACUAUUGCAAGAGUUCCUUACUUUGCCUUUAUAUCCGUUCUCCACUUGUAUGAGAGUUUUGGCUGGUGGAGGCGAGCGGACUAUUUGAAAGUGCAUUUUGCUGAGAGCUGGAAUGAAAUGCAUCAUUUGCUCAUCAUGGAAGAACUAGGGGGCAAUUCUUGGUGGUUUGACCGAUUUCUUGCCCAACAUAUUGCGAUAGCUUAUUAUUUUAUGACAGUUCUUAUGUAUGCUAUUAGCCCAAGAAUGGCGUAUCACUUUUCUGAAUGCGUUGAGAGUCAUGCAUAUGAAACAUAUGACAAAUUCAUCAAGGUCCAAGGAGAGGAAUUGAAGAAAAUGCCUGCACCUAAGGUGGCUGUGAAUUAUUACACAGGAAAUGACUUGUAUUUAUUUGAUGAAUUUCAAACUUCCAGAGCUCCAAAUUCUCGAAGGCCGAAGAUAGAGAAUCUGUACGAUGUAUUUGUAAAUGUCAGAGAUGAUGAGGCUGAGCACUGCAAGACGAUGAAGGCCUGCCAAACUCAUGGGAACCUCAAGUCACCACAUUCGCAUGUAGAAGAUGAUGCUUCUGAAGAUGACCCAGUCUGUUCCCUUGAAACGACUGACUGUGAAGGCAUCGUAGAUUGUAUAAAGAAGUCUAUUACAUCUGACCCUCCCAAGCUGAAGGAAACUACGCGACAAUAAAGUCAGCAGAACACAAAGGAAAACAAACGAGGUAGAGGAUAAUUACAAUAAUUACUAGAUUGUUUAUACACACAUACACACACACAGAAAUACUAUCUGAUGUAUGUCUAUUGUUAAAGAAAGGCUGCCACGGAAGGAAAUUAGAGCCGGUUUGGUUCAAACCAUUACAGAUCUGUAAUGGCAAUCUUUAUCUCAUUACCAUGAAAAGUAUGUUUGGUUGGACUUGCUAAUGGUAAUAAAUAUUGCACUGUUAAUGAGAAUUGCACAUUUUU